AUGGCCGACGGUUUAAGCACUGCAGCGAGUGUCAUUGCAGUCAUUCAGAUGGCAACAUCAUUAGCUGGCGUGGGAUAUAAAUACCUCAGCGGCGCAAAGCGAGCACCAGAGUGUUUGAGAAGGCUCACAGCCGAGCUCAAAACGUUGAUCGAAAUACUUACCGAGAUACACAUCCGCGCACAAGACCCUGAAUCAAAACUACAGGGGCUCGAUAGCUCACUUCAACAAUGUUUCGCAGACAUGAUAAAGCUUCAAGACAAACUGAGACCCAGAAACAAUUCGGGCCUUUGGGGAAGUAUAAGAACCAGGCUUCAGUGGCCUUUUGAGGAAAGCGAUAUAAUGGAUCACCUCGUACGGAUGGAAAGAUUCAAAAGCACUUUUACACUUGCCAUGGGUCUUAAUCAACAAUCUCUUGUAAAGACUACGGCUUCCCAUGUCGGUGCAAUCAAUACACACGUCCAGGGAAUUGACGGACGCAUGCAGACAGUUGACUUGAAUGUUCAAGGGGUUGGAAUGAGCGUUACGAAAAUCAGAGAAGAUAUUAUGGACUUGAGGACAGUCCAGAAUUCGAAUUUAAGAGAGGCAGAUAUUAUUCAGAAUAAAAAACAACGCACUGAAAUCCUUGAUUGGCUUUAUUCAGAGGAUUUCCGCACGGUGCAUGAAAACAUAAGUAAAUUCUUUGGGGUUAUGGGAUUCCCGGCGCAGGAAAAACCUUUCUAUCUUCUCGAGUUAUCGACUACCUUGAAUGUGAGGCACCAGCCGCAGGCUAUGGAGUAG